AUGCGGUCUCUCACCGUACUACUUUUCAGUUUGCUCUGUGCUUCCACCGUUUCCGCCGAUCCCCUAGACGAUGCUAUUGCUCUCUUCAAACGACAGAAUGUUCCGUUGUCUACUGGCGGUUCCGACACAAGCAGCUCCUCCGACAGUACGUCUCCGACUACCUCUCCUACCAGCGAUGGCGGCGGCGAUUCGACUACUUCUGUCACCGUUACAAGCGAUACCACCUCUGCGAGCACAGAAACAACAUCCUCCACCAUCACUCUUCCUCCAUCGUCAUCGUCUUCGGUCACUGUUAUCCUGACGACGACUACGCGCACCCCGUCCUCGAGUUCCUCCUCUGAGGACAGCAGCUCCUCAGAUCAAUCCACGUCUACCGAGACCAGCACAUUUACUCCUUCAAAGACUUUGAUCACGACGAGUUCGCUUCAAGAGGUCAUUACUACAAUCACAAGUGUUAGUGCAGGAAGCACCGUGCAUCUUACCAGCACCGGCAGCAGCCUCGUCCCGAUCACAACCAGUGUUGAUCCUGCUUCCCUGACAGGUAACGGCGGCAAAGGCGGCAGCUCCGGUCUCAGCAGUACUGCCAAAGCCACCAUCGGAGGUGUUGUGGGCGGCGUCGGCGGUGCUUUGUUGCUUGCUGGGCUAGCCUACACCGCCUGGAGAAUUUGGGGCAAGAAGAAGAGCCUCCACGACGACGACCUCUACGACCCCAACCUCAACCAAGACAAACUCAGCGGCACUACCGGAUCUGACUCCACACCCUUCCGUUCUACCUUGGAUCAAUACCAUUCCCCCGGGCCUGUCAACACCGCAUCAAACUUUUGA